AUGUCAAGCUGCAUUCUGGAAGAGAUCAUCUACAGUGAAAUUCUAGUGAGGUUACCUGUUAAGACAUUACUUUUUACUACCCACACAAGAAAACCUAUUCUCAUGCUUGAAACUUCUGAAUCAUCUUCCCGUAGUAAUAGACUUUGCUCCAUCGGUUAUGAUUCAUUAGAAUCAUCAGUAUCUGAAAUCAUUUCCUGGGAUAUUGAAAUCGAUUUCCCAUUCAAAUUUAAAUCGUAUUAUGCUCAUCUAUUGACUGAUGAUUACAAGUUGUCAGUAGGUGUAACAGCUAGCAAGGAUACAGUUUUCCAAUUCUAUUCGUUAGCAUCAAAUUCAUGGAAACUUGGGCCAACUGUGCCUUAUAGGAUUAGUUAUACUGCCGUGGUUGUUAAUGGAUACCAUCAUUGGUUAGUGAAGGCUCAAGAUACGUUUUUCUUACUCUCUUUAGAUAUAUGUGACGAUAGUUCCAAAGAAAUGAAACUGCCAAAUGAACCUUUGGAGAAGAGUUGUGAGGAUGAAUAUAUAAGUCCGGGAGUGUUGGAAGGGUGCCUUUGCAUACUUGACAGCUCGUACGUCAAUCAUGUUAAAAUUAAUGUUGAAGUAUGGAAGAUGCUGGAUUAUGGAGUUCAUGAAUCUUGGACUAAACGCUAUAUCAUUACUCAUGAGAGCAUUAUCUGGGGCCAUUAUUUAAGUUUAGUUGCGUUGUGGUCUUUUGAGAACGGUAAAAUUCUAUUCAUGAAUUCGGGUGGAUUAGUUUUGUAUGAUUUAAGAACAUGGAAGUGCUAG